CCAGACUGUUGAUCUUCUCAUGCAAGAGUCAGGAUGUCGCUUAGAACAUCCUUCUGCUACCAAAUUCCGCAAUCAUGUCAUGGAAGGAGAAUGGGAUAAGGCUGAGAACGACUUGAAUGAACUUAAGCCUUUGGUGCAUUCUCCUCAUGCAAUUGUGAGGAUGAAGUUCUUGCUGCUACAGCAGAAGUACCUGGAAUACCUGGAGGAUGGCAAGGUCCUGGAGGCACUUCAAGUUCUACGCUGUGAACUGACACCACUGAAAUACAAUACGGAUCGCAUUCAUGUCCUCAGUGGGUAUCUAAUGUGUAGUCAUGCAGAAGACUUGCGUGCAAAAGCAGAAUGGGAAGGAAAAGGAACAGCUUCCAGAUCUAAACUUUUGGACAAACUCCAGACAUACCUACCGCCGUCAGUGAUGCUUCCCCCAAGGCGUUUACAGAAUCUACUACGUCAGGCUGUGGAGCUACAACGAGACCGGUGCCUAUAUCAUAAUACCAAACUAGAUAACAGUCUAGAUUCUGUGUCACUGCUUAUAGACCAUGUUUGUAGUAGGAAACAGUUCCCAUGUUACACACAGCAAAUACUUACAGAACACUGUAAUGAAGUAUGGUUCUGUAAAUUCUCCAAUGAUGGAACUAAACUAGCAACGGGAUCAAAGGACACAACUGUUAUUAUAUGGCAGGUUGAUUCAGAUACGCACCAGCUAAAAUUGCUUAAAACGUUAGAAGGCCAUGCAUAUGGUGUUUCUUACAUUGCUUGGAGUCCAGAUGACAACUAUCUUGUUGCCUGUGGCCCAGAUGACUGCUCUGAGCUUUGGCUCUGGAAUGUACAAACUGGGGAGCUGAGGACAAAGAUGAGUCAAUCUCAUGAAGACAGUUUAACCAGCGUGGCUUGGAAUCCAGAUGGGAAACGCUUUGUAACAGGAGGGCAGCGUGGACAGUUCUAUCAGUGUGAUCUAGAUGGUAAUCUCCUUGACUCCUGGGAAGGGGUGAGAGUGCAAUGCCUCUGGUGUUUGAGCGACGGGAAGACUGUUCUGGCAUCGGACACGCACCAGCGAAUUCGGGGUUAUAACUUUGAGGACCUUACAGACAGGAACAUAGUACAAGAAGAUCAUCCUAUUAUGUCAUUUACUAUUUCAAAAAAUGGCAGAUUAGCUUUGUUAAAUGUAGCAACUCAGGGAGUUCACUUAUGGGACUUGCAAGACAGAGUUUUAGUGAGAAAGUAUCAAGGUGUUACACAAGGGUUUUACACAAUUCACUCGUGUUUUGGAGGCCAUAACGAAGACUUCAUCGCUAGUGGCAGUGAAGAUCACAAAGUGUAUAUUUGGCACAAACGUAGUGAACUGCCAAUCGCGGAGCUGACCGGGCACACGCGUACAGUUAACUGUGUGAGCUGGAACCCGCAGAUUCCAUCCAUGAUGGCCAGUGCCUCCGAUGAUGGCACUGUUAGAAUAUGGGGACCAGCACCUUUCGUAGACAACCAGGAUAUUGAAGAGGAAUGCAGUAGCAUGGAUAGUUGAUGGCGAAUUUGGAGCAGACGACUUCUCUUUAACUUAAAAUUAGUCGUAUUUUAAAUGGCUUGGGAUUUGGUGCAAACAACAUGAUUGAUAGCUGGACAGACAUGCUCGUCAUGAAAAAAGAACCAUUUCUGAAGCCCGAUCGGGGCCAAACAUUUACCACCUUGCUUCAUAGUAACCAGUUGAGAUGAAGCACGUCGUCAGAACGUUGUUGGACGCCGUGUCGAAUUACCCCCCCCAUCGGUUGUGAAGAACUGUGCUACAUUCAGGCUAACCAUUGAACUCAGUAUAUAUAUUUUUUCCCCCUGCCUUUUUGUCUGGCGGGCUACCGUUCUUGUUGCUCUUCUGUGUAAUGAAGUUUAAAUGCUUGUUUGGAAAACUUUAUUUAACAGUUUAGAAGGCUUGAUAGAAAGAGUGCUUUAGUCUGAAGAGUAUACAUUGGAUAGGAAAGUAUUUCCUUCUCUUGUUUCUCUAAAUCUCUCUCCGCCUUAUUUAGCUUGAGAUCUUUGCAGCUUGGUUCAUGGACUCUAGCCUUGCCCGUUGCGCAGUAUCUAUAAAUCCAGACGAUAAACCAGUGAACUAUGUCAAAAGCACUCUCAAUAUCACACUUGACAAAAAGUUUUGUACUUUUCACAUAGCUCGUUGCCCUGUAAAGGGGUUAACAGCACAAUUUUUUUAAAAAAUAAAUUAUUUAUAGGAUUAAAGUGACUUCAUUUGUAUACAUUUGGAAUUUAAACCAGCUUAAAAACAGUGUCAUGAAAUGCAGUAUAACUGAUGCUCUUUUAGAGUGUCAUGCAAGACAUGGUCAAAAGAAGUGGCUGGAAGGAGUUUUACACAGGCUACGUAAAGUAUUCUUUUAAAAGAAACCUCAUUUCCCAUCUUAAUGAAGAAACAGAAUUAUUUAGAAGUGAGAGCUGUCAAAAUGCACCAUGAGACUAGUAGUUUAUUAAACAGGACAAAGGUCAGUUUUUAGAUUACAUAAAUACGUGCAACAAGUUUAUCUUAACUUGUGCAACAAUUCUGAUAAAAGCUUAGGAAGGAUCUGAAACAAGGAUAAUGCUGUUUUGCUUUGUAAUUUUAAAACUUAGUAAAAGUACCUUUAUCAUCCAAAUUACAAUACAUAUUGACGAUUUGUAUAAUUUCCCCCCUAACUUAAAUACAACUGCAGAAUUUUCCUUAGUAUUUGACUAACAAAGAUGCAUAGAUUUUUGGUUUUUGAGAUAUUUUGAAGUUUACAGGUUUAAAUGUGUCUGCUGGACCUUGUUCUGUGCUGGUGCUGUGAAUAGCCUGACGUUUUUAGGAAUGGUUCCUUAAUUUCGUAUUAAAAAGACAAUUUGAGUACUGUAUGCUUCUCAAAAUAAACAGGUGGCCUGG